UCCCUAUUAGACAAUCUUUUUUCAUCUCUCGUUGAAGCCCGACUUAGCAAGGGCCGAAACAAAAGUUUGAAAAAGCUCAUAGAAGAUGUGCUUGUUCUUGUUUGAGCCUUGGGAAACCUUCGCCUUUGUGUCUUGUCUGCUUUUUGAAUGAAUGCCCAAAGUCCCUCUGCACUUACAAGGUUGAAGAGCUCCUGAGUGGAAGUUGAAGAUGUACUACAUAAUGCAGACCGAGGCAGCAAGGAAAGAAGUAACCCAGAUUGAAUGCAACUCGGAAAGGUUAAUACCUAAAUGCAGAUCACAUCACCGCCAUUGCAUCAAGGUGAGUCCAACAAAGACUUCAGUCAAGGCUACGUGGCGUUGCAGGUACGUUUCAGUUGACAGUGCCUUCACUUCUGCCCAUACUGGUGUAUGAAUGUGAAUGAAUGUCAGUCUACACCAGGGCAGAUGUGUGAAUGAGGAGUGAAUGAAUAAUGGGUACAUUGAAAAAGACAAUCAAAGCUAAUUCAUUGUUGUGAUAACAGCUAAGGACUAUUCGUGACUGUGAUACAUGAUGAUAUCAUCAAUAAAGUGGUGGAUUUGUACUACAGAAACGUAAAAUCUCUGCACCGAGACAAAAACCUUGGUUGGAAAGCAGGUCCAUAUAUCACUCACACAGAGUCACCAAACUAUACCAUGGAUGUAUUGUUUUUUUUGGGCCUUCUCAAACCAUUCAUUGAUUCAUUUUCUAGCGCUUAUCCUUACAGAGGUGGGGUACACCCUGGACUGGUGGCCAGCCAAUCACAGGGCACAUAUAGACAAAUAACCAUUCACACUCACAUUCAUACCUAUGGACAAUUUGGAGUCGCCAAUUAACCUAGCAUGUUUUUGGAAUGUGGGAGGAAACCGGAGUACCCAGGAACUCCACAACAGAGAUGCCCUCGGGUGGAAUGGAACUCGGGUCUCCUAGCUGUGUGGCCUGCGCGCUAACCACUCAUAGACUGUGCAGCCUCUUCUCAAACCAUUUGGAGACAAUUCUGAUUCAACCAUUAAAAGUGAUGAAAACAGGCUAGAGAUUGUUGGACCUCAUCUCAAAAGCAUCCAAGAUUGAAUAAGUCUGCCUCCGAUAUAAUGGUGUCUGAUGCUCUGAUCCUCGCGGUUCCCAAUUUGAAAAAGUCUUAACUUUGAGAUAAGGUCACUCUAUCAUUGACCUUAUCUGUGCCUUGAAGGGUCCAGACAACCAGCGCAAUUAACAUCAAAUUUUCCGCAUGGAUAGUUUGAAGUGAGGAAACUAUUUUCAAGACUUUGGAUGGACUUUUUCAACAACUACAGUACACUCAGGGACAUGAAGUUAGUAGAGUGGUUGGCAGUUGUGGGGAACUUUGUGUAAAAUUGGACAAGAGCCAGUUACAUGCAGGCAGAUUUCUUCUGGGAGAAUACCGUCUGUUCAUGUCAGGCCUGUCUCGAGAGAAAAGAGCUGGCAAGAUUUGGUGGACUUUUAUUCAGUGGACACAGAUCAACUGUUGGAUGUCCUGGAUCCAUAUGGAUGAGAGUCCCUUCCACAGCCACAACGGUGCCACUAUAUGUGCAAAGGUUUUACAGACUUAUUGUGGUUUCUAUUGUUUGUCCAUAAAGAUACAAAAUGAAAAGAUAGAGCACGCUGAAAGCUACAAAUAUCCAGGCCAAACAGUGAUUGAGACUUAAGGCUGGCAGAUACAAAGAUAUCCUAUGCAACAAAAAAGUUCCUGUUGUCCACAGAAGAAGGACCUUUAACUAAUUGUACUACCGACAAUGACUUACGCAUGUGAAACCUGGACAAAGUUGGCACGGAACAGACGGAACAGUAAAUGUAAUUGUACAGAAAUGCUAUGCAUAUUCGAAGGGCAAAUAAUCUUUUUCAUAUCUAGAUGGCAGCUACAGGUGCUAAUGUUUUACUGCACAUUAAAUGGUGGCAUCAAGUACAGCGCAGCAUAAAUGGAUAAAAAUAUUCUGAGCGAGUCUCACAAUUAUUGUAUACAUUACCUUGGAGGGAGUAGGGUGUGUAGGCCUCCAUGGCCACAAUGCUAAUCAUGCUUAAAGGCCAAAGGAAGAAAAACAGACGAAUAAACCUGCACUGCAAAGGCUGCAAAGCACCAAGCAUGACAAUUGGAAAUGUACCUCAAGGCAAAACGGUAAAAUACAUUCUCUUUAUUCAUCUCUUCUCCUGCUCUCCCUUAUAGAGGAGUUAUACCAGAUUAAUGUCAGAAGCACAGUCAAGAACUUUCAGGAAGCAAUGGCGCACAGUCGGAAAACCUCUCAGUCAGAAGUACAAUGAGGAGAGGGUAAUACAGGAAGUAUUGAACCCAACCGACAUCAGCGCCCGGGCAAAUAUUAAUCCGACAACUUUUACAUUGUGCAUGUUGGACUCACUUUCUGAAUGUCGCUAUGGAUCCUUGUAAGGAUCGCCCCGCAGAUGCACCUGAUCCGUGGCUGUGUCCGGACAGCAGGCUCUCUGUCUCGAAAGUAAACACCCCAUCGCGGUCAUCAGGAACAUCCAGGAGCUCUCCGUUAUGCCACAUGCCCAUUGUGCCUUCCAUCGACUGAUAUCUGAUGUCUAUGGUUACGCUGGUCUGGAAAAGAAGAGGAAAGCUCCAUUAUACACGCGUCUUUGACCAGAAUUGGUCCGAAUGACCCCAAAUAUAAGACCGCCUCACAAUCAUUUUCAAGACCUGUUCUUGGGGAAAAUAUUUAAUGACAAAUCAAAGACAUAUGUAAUCUUAUUUUAAAAUUGGGUUUUCAAUAUCAGUAAAAUAAGCACGAGUAGGUUAGAAAAUAAUGGCUACAAUGGCUUCAUGAUUAUCUUCAAAUUGGCAUCAUAGCUCCUCUAAUCUUGGAGCUACUUUUUCUGAGGCGUCUCCGUAUCUGCAGUCCUGGCGUGUGUGCAUGACGGGCAGAGAAGUCGCGGCCUUGGCGCCACCUGCUGGUUUUUUGUAGACCCCGAAUAUAAGACAACGGUCAAUCACAUUACUAGACUUGUGACAAAAUGCGUAUCCUGCAACUGAUGAAUUUUUUGCCAUUUUUGUGGUCUGGAAUCGACCAUUUUCAUGGAUGGAUGGAUAUUUACUUCUUUGCCAAUCACAGUUACACUAUGGCUUAAAGCUGUAAAUGUCCUUUAUAUACCUAAACCUAUGAUUCUUCCUAGUGCUGUGUACAAUCACACACAUUUUACACCACCACCCUGAGGCUAACUUGUGUAACAUUUCAGAUUUAAUGAAUUAAAUUGUGUGUGAAAGCAGCUGUCAUUAUAGGAAAUGAACUCUGCCAGUGCUAUAAAUCAUCUCCACGGUGCCUGCUGGGCUAAAAAUUAGGGUGACAGUAGUUUAAUCCCCUUCAGAAACAAUGGUGACACUGAAGUUUGUCUUCUGUGCCUCCUAUGGGGUUUGUUUUGACUGUUUAUUCUCCUGGCUUUUACUUAAUUUUUGUAAUGUAAUGUUUUCGUUCUCUCUCUUUCUGAGCAUUCCCUUAUAUGUAAUAUUCUCACAGGGUAGUCAGUGUAGCUUUAUUUUUUGUUACUAUAGCAACCAGUGUUUUCAGUAUUUGCAAUUGAAAGGGUUAACCUUGGGCUUCGGUUCUUCACACCACGGUCUUCUUAAUUGUCUGUAUGUGUGCAUGCAUGACUCCCCUUCAUGUGUAUGUGGUAAGCCUUAAAGCGCUCCCACGGUGUGUGUUAUGGUGUGAAAAACAAUCCCAUCAGCACGCCCAGAUCCACCAGCACAACUGUGCACUACAGGGAAGCUUUAAACCCACUCCAUUACUGGUCUUAUUCCCACAUACAUAGAGUAUGAGACCUAUAAUUUGGAAAAACGUGCACCGACCCUCUCUUUGUUGUUCCAAAAAACAGUUUCACUCAAUAGCUUACUGCAAGAGUACAGAUGAUGCUAAGAGACUAUGUUUGUUUCAAGCAUUAAGGAUAAUCAUGUGUGUGCAAAAUUUCAAAUGUCUGAAAAGGAGGAAUCCUACCCCUUCAUGUUUGUUACUGAUUUUUGCAUCUUGACACUUGCAAACACUUUGUUUACAUUUUGUCAUUUCGGUUUUGGUCACUUUUUGCAACAUUCUCAUUUUAAAAACGCUCGCGAUGGCCGUCACUGGUAGUGUGCAAGCGCUGACUCACAUUUAUGGAUGUGUUGUUAUCAUCUACGAGUGUGUCAGUCAACUCGAGCUGCCCCUCCUCCGCCACCUUCUGAAGCACCAUGCAGAAAGUCCCCACCAAUCUACAGGGGGGGAGAAGAAAACAGCACCAAUCAAUAUGUACCAUUAUGUGUGUCCACCACAGAUUAACAUGUGUUGUCCUGCUGUUGGCAGUAAAGACAUUUAAUCAUUAUCACAGUUCCGUUUGAGGCAUGUACUCGACUCCCUCGCUGUAAGAUGGUGAAGAGUGUGACAGCCAUGGCUGUUGAGGAGGAUGAGCUGUGACAAGCGUUGAGAAAACUCUACGCUGCUCUAUCAGUUCAUUUUCUUUGACAUAGAGGCCAUUAUAAGAAUAAUAAACCGGUUUGCUUGUCGUCACAAUUAGGCAUACUCUAUCCUUGCUAGAUUUCUGCCAAAAAUAAUUGCGGCAACAAAUAUGGUAGAUGUUUGCGUUAUUCCAGUGUCACCAGUUUUUAAAUAACUGUAAUACUAUUAACAUUUAUACAAGUGGAAUCACAAAGUAACCAGAAUAGGUGUAAAAUACAAUACAAUUUAACUGUGGAACACUAGACCAGAUUUGGAUUUGACAAACUGUACCUAUUGAUUUAUCUUAAUCAAAUAUCAUGACGUUAUUACUACCACAUCACCGCUAUCAGAGACAUCCAAUUGACAUAAACACUAGAUAUUAUGAGGCCUGCCAACAGCUUAGACAGUGGACUCUUCCGCCACACUGAGGUGCUUGUUACUUAAAAUUAAGUCAAAUCAAGUAAAAACACAUUCAUUACAUCCUGUUCCGCCUCCAAAAACAUCCUUCCAUCUAUUUUCAAUACCGCUUAUCCUCACUAGCGUCGCGGGCAUGCUGGAGCCCAUCCCAGCUGUCUUCGGGCGAGAGGCGGGGUACACCCUGGACUGGUGGCCAGCCAAUCACAGGGCACAUAUAGACAAACAACCAUUCACACUCACAUUCAUACCUAUGGACAAUUUGGAGUCGCCAAUUAACCAAGCAUGUUUUUGAACAUGGAAUUGAACUGGGCUCUCCAAGCUGUGAGGUCUGCAUGCUAACCACUCGCCUGCCGUGCAGCCCUCCAAAAACAUAUUGUUACAAAUUAGGCGAAUACAUGCAGUUAUGAUUCUACACUGUGAGUCACCUGACCUGGUCAAUUAGAGCUCGUGAAUAAUUUAAAGCGCUUACCCCAAAAGUGAUGCCCACAAAGUAAGGUCACAUACAAAGAACACACACAGUACGGCCACACUGAACCACAGGCUGAGCCAUCUCCUGCUUGCACUCUAUUAUGGCCAACAUAAACAUGCAGUAUAAGCGACCAUACAGGAGUGUGCAUAUUCAUUAGGACAGUCAUCAGAUGGAAAACACAAUCACCCAGUGGGAAAAGCCUGCAGGGAGGAAAAAUCUCGUAAAAGUAGCACGCACAAUCAAUAUUUGAAGCACUUAGCAGACAUAGAAAGAAAAUCUCAGAAUUACAGAGGAGGAGGAGGCUAUACUGUAUUCAUUCGUUCAUUCAUUCAUAUUCGAGCUGACUUCGAACGACUUCGAGAGGCGGGGUACACCCUGGACUGGUCGCCAGCCAAUCACAGGGCACAUAUAGACAAACAACCAUUCACACUCACAUUUAUACCUAUGGACAGUUUGGAGUGGCCAAUUAAAUGUGAGAUGAAGCUGUAGAAAACACAAAAGGAGAAUACGUAAGAUCUCUCACACAGUGAUGCCCAAAGAGAGAUUCAAACUUGUGACGCUAACCACUAGUAUAUAUACCACUCUAUAACCACUUGUAUAUUUAAUACUAUGUAGUGCUGUCAAGUGAUUAGAAUACUUUUUUUUGCCUCCCGCACAAAGUCAGCUGGGAUAGGCUGAGGAUUAAGCAGCACAGAAAAUUAACGAAUGAAUUAAUGAAUAAUCACAAUUAAUUUGGAUUAAAAACAACCUCUAUUAUCAUCUCAUUCUUUUUCAUCCAUAUUAUUCCUGUUACAUUUUGCAUGAGCAAGGAGACUUAAGAAAGAAUGGAAUAGAAAUUGGUUCCAGAUCCAACCGCCAUAAGAGAUGGCUGCUGCUCAUACCAUAUGGCAAGCUACCAAUCUAACAAGUUUUAUUUUAAAAAGACAAAGUGAGAAGCCAUAACGUACCACAUCCACAUGGAAUGGGAGGAGAACUUUUUUUCACUCUAUUAUGUCGGCCAUGGCUGACUACAUGCAGUUGUAAGGUAAUGUAAAAUAAACUAAUAUCUCAUCAGUGUAACACUACUGAUUCCUAGCGGCCAGAAUACUACAUAUGACUUGUCUUUCAACAUUUUUUGACUAAUAAUAGGCCGUGGUCAGCCAACAAAAAGCAAUUAUUUAUUAAUUAAUUCUGAAAAAAUACAAUAGAGUGAGGUAGCGAGGGAUGACUGUGUAUGCACUGAAUUCUUAUUUAUUAACAUAUGGAUAUAACCCCUAUGCUCAGCAAAAAAUAAGUACUUUGACACCACCUGUGGGUUUGCAUGUAUGAAUCUCUAGAAUGUAAGACAACCUGCCAUUUUGUGGCUUAUUUUGAAAGAAAAACUCUUAUAUUGCAGUCAGCUGAUGGAUCUUAGUGAUGUUUUAGGUGGUCAUUUCCUGUUUUCCGCUUUGAAAAACGUCCACCAGAAGAACUGUGGUGGCAAUUACCAGUGCCCUUCUGUUGAACUGACAGCACAUCUGUCAACAUGGCUACCACCAACUUUUUUUUCUGAGGAUUGCCAGUGGACACACACAUAAAGACAAAAACAGUGUUUAAUAGCUGUGUGGGCGACAUGUGGAAGCAUGCGGACCAAUAACAAGCAGCCGUUACUAUCUGGAUGAAGCUGAGAGGUGGAACAGGGAAAGUAAAAUAUGACAGCAAAUAUUAAUAGCUGUGAUUUUUUUUCAUUAGUUUGUGUCAAUACAGUGUUACAAACACACAAUAAUUAAAGCAUGAAGCAGGCUCCACAUGACAUUCCACUUCCAUCAUCUAUCACGUCACCGUGUAUUCAUCAUGAUUUGCUAGUCAGGCCCAUUACGGACGAUCUAAUCCACUUUCAGAGUUCUCCUGAUGGGAAACUCAUUGAGGACCUGCUGGUGAUGCGAAGGAGACCACCUAAAUCGAGCCAGAACCAAGACAAUAGUGCAAUUGUGAAACAGGGCAUUAAAUGAGAAAAUGCGAUCAAAGAUUGGAUUUAAGUACUGCGACACCAGAGAAGGCUUUGUGGUCUGCACACUAUUGCACAAACAAGUGACUCAAUUUAGUACAAGCACUUUGGGGCUUCGUCGUUUCUUCCUCUUUAGUUGAAGUUGUGUCAUUUAUAACCAAUCACAUGCUGUUGUAAGGAGGGCAGAAACAGAAACAAUUCUAUGUUGGAAUCAUGCUUGAUGUGAUCAUCACGGCUAUACCUGUUAGUGAAGACUUUGCUAUAAUUGUACACUUGGAUCUCCAGCAUCUCGCUUCCAUCCAGGCUGCUGGCAAUCGGCCAUCGAAACGUCUGAAAGAGGCACAAACCGAAUAGUUAAAAACAUAACAGAACAGUAACCAAUAACCAGUUUUAAUAUGCUUGUCCAGUAUUAGGUCUAUACCUUUAUUUUGGGCGACACUACUUGAUAUUUUAUUACAUUAGAACAUCUGAGGUUGAAUAAGGUGUUCUCUGCAGGUCAUACGCAUUCUCCAUUGUUCCACUGUUCCAAGAUGAAGGCUGAAAGGGUAAUUUAAAACCCAUUUAACGUCUCCUGCUGUUGUUGGCCUCUCAUUCAUGAAAACACUGCAGGCUGUCAGGCAGGCGAUCCAUCAGCCUUUUGUUUCUCUCAUUAACCAAAUCCUGGGGUUUCCCACCUGCUAAUCUUUAUGGAUCCAACAAACAACGACCAUAUGCACACUCUGCACAAAUUUUUCAUGAAUCACAGCACAUGUGGCUAAAGUUGAGUAAAUGAUACACACAAUCAUACACACCAGUAGAAACCUAAUUUUGUUAACACCUACAGACAAUAGAGAGCCAUGUUAAUUUCCCCAGAGUAAAAAGACAGCAACUCACUGACAAUAAAUGCACUAUAUGUGCAGUGUGUUUACAGGCUUCUCUGCACACGCAAAGUCACAUGCACUAAUUCAAGGAUUCUGCCUGCAGGUUGUUGUCAUCGUAUAUUCGUACUCGUACCCCAAGCCAUGCUGCAACACUGAAACACACAAGCAUGCAAAAUACUGACGUUACAGUCAUGACAAUUUUAUAAAAAAUAAAGUUGCAAACUCGUUUGAGAUGAUUGCAAAUUACACUAUAUUCACAGAAUAAUACAUUAUUUUCUGACCUGGAAAAUAAAUUAUAAUUUAAAUGUACUUGAAAUGUCCCACUAAAACCAGUGCAAAACAAAUGCGGUCUUUGAUGGAUAUCAGCCUGCAACAUGCUUCAAAAGUUAACAUUUAAAUCCCCAUGAUAUAAAAGAAAUGAAAUCUAUAACCCUAUUUAUAGAACCAAUUUAAAAGAUCAGUAUGUGUUAUUGCUGAGUGAACUUCUUCCAAACGCUCAAAACCAAAUGGCUGAAUGGCUGACAACACCAUUUCCGCAAGACCAAUUUUAUGCACUAUAAAACACAAAUUAGUUUUGCACAGGUGUUUCCCUUUAGUUAUGAAGGUAAUUGGGUACUUAGGAAAUUCUAAAAAAUCCAUUUAGGGAAGCCGUGAUGAAAUAAAUGAUGUCCCGUAAGUGAUGUGCAUAGAUUUGGGCAUAACAGGCUCCCAAAAGGUGAUCAUUCAAUUUGAUUGUAUACUAUAUGAUACUGCGCUGUCAUUAACAUUUCUUCCAAGUCCAGCCACACAAGGCUUGUGUCAUGAAGUAUAUGCGAGAACAAACACAAAAAAGGUUUGACAAGAAUGGUGACCCAUGUUUGGAAGCCAUUUAUCAUUUAUGUGAGCAAUGAACGGGUGGAAAAAUCCUGCAUUGUUAAUGAACGUAACAAAGUUAAGUUCAGUACCUUUAUCUAGAUUCACAUAAAAGUUUCCUUAGCUAUUGUCUCAAUCCUCUGCACUAUGUUGUGGAAAGAAUUUUACACGCUGAGACACACAAAUAAACAAAGCCAAACAAGACAAGCAACAGGAUUUGACUACUAGAGUUUGAGACAAAAACACUGUACAGUACAUUUAACCGCUAUCAAACCCAUUCCAGGCAAAAUACAAUAUAUCACAAAAAUAAGCGCUUUACUCAGAUUUCAGCAACCAGUUCAUUAUAUGUUCUCAGUGGACAAUACUAUAGAAAUGAAACUAUAACUUAAGCAUAAUCAGCUUGAAAAGCAGUGUAAUUCACCUUGCAGGCCAUCAUGCUACCACCACCAUGUUUUGACUGUGGACAAGGCCCAAGUAUUCACUUAUAUUUAGACAGUAAUGUCUAUGUGCUGGUUACGUUCAGUGGUACUGCUAUACAAACUGUAUACUAACAACUUUUAUUGUCUUUUUGAGAGGAUAUAACAAACAUUAUGGUAAAAUGAAAACAAGCAACUGACUGGUUGAGUUUUACAGUUAUCUCUUUUAUCUGGGCUGUCAAAAAUGGCUCAUUACUACUCAAAGAUGUUGCCCUGAACCAUCCGUACAGUACCACAGCCUAAUUGGCGCGGUGGCGGUGUUCUCAUUAAAAGUGACACAGGUACGAUCUCAAUAACCAGAAGCCGUGAUGUCACAUGCUGUCUAUCACGAGAGCUAUGUGCUCAACAGAAGCGUGUAUUUUACUGCUGUGAUCCUAUUAUUAUUGUAACAUGGCAAUGCCGGGGCAAUCAUGUCAUAUCUUAGGACUGUUGCCAUGGUCACAGAGAAAGAAAAGACCUCAAUAAUUAUGGUGUGUACUUCUUUUUUUUUUGCAGAUGAAUGGCAGCACUUUGAAAAAUGUCAUAUUGACAGCAACCCUACCUUUUAUCUGGGUAGAGUUUCUCCACAGCGCAAGAGACUCCCAGUGGCUGCUAAUGGGAGGGUCACUGAGUUCCAGCCCCUCUGCGUCUGUCUGCUGGUGCGUCUCUCCUUGCAGCUGUGCGCCACACGCACCAUGGCUCUGUGCACAAGUAGCACACUCCUGGCGCUCCUUGUCGCUUUCUGCACACCUGGACGCGGAUGGACAGCAGAGAAGCCCUUGCGGUCGCAUAAUGGGAGGCCGACUUCAAUGGAUAAGAGCCCGAGAGAGAGCUGGGAGCCUUCUAUUCUUCUGGAUGGAAGUCCCGUGGACCGCUUUGUGGUCGGCUCCAACAAACCAAUGAGAACUCACCGCUACACGAGAGUCGGCAAGGAGAGCCGCUCACACCCGGUGGAGGAUGUAGAUCCCGAAUGGGUAAACCUUGACGGCUUUGCUGUGCUGAGCGCCGCACCUGUCAGCAACUCAUCAACAGGCCCAGCCAGAUCGACAUAUACAGCAUCCAGGAAUCAGACCUUUCUGAAGCGUGCUAACAGAGUGAACAGAACAGCUCACCGUCCGGGUGCCUCUAACCCUAGGACAUACAGGAGAAGGGCUCCACAGUCCUCCUCUGGACCUCGGCCACCUGACAGAUUUCUGACAAGGACAACUUUACUGGAGAGGAGACACCAGCACCAUACCAAGCCUCAGUCUGACCAGAGGAACCGUAACUUGCCCAAAUUAACAUCUGAGUCCGUUCAUGUGGUGUCACUGCAGGCACAGAAAGCCCUGGGUCAGAGCGCUCCUGCUAACAGAGCGGCAACCAAAUUAACCACACCAGAACCUCCUGGGUAUGAAGCUAAGGACAUCAGUGUCAGGGUCAUAUCUCCUAAAUCAGUCCUCAUCUCCUGGGUUGACCCUGCUGUAGAAAUGUUGAAGGUUGAGUCCAGUGAACUCAGAUUCUACACAAUCAGGCACAGAGAGAAGGGAGAGUCAGCACGCUGGGAGUACAGGAACACCACCCAGCGGAGACUGAUGAUAGACACCCUGUAUGCAGAUAGCAUGUAUGAGUUUUCCGUCAGAAUCUCAGAGGGGGGAAAUGAAGGAAAGUGGAGCGUAUCUGUCUUUCAGAGGACCCCUGAGUCAGCUCCAUCUGGGCCACCGGAGAACUUUGAGGUCAAACCACUACGGGGGAAAGGGACUGCUGUGACCGCCACAUGGGAUCCUCCUGAAGAAACCAAUGGGAGGAUUCGAGAGUACAUCCUUUCUUAUGCACCCGCAUUGAAGCCAUUUGGAAUGAAAAGUGUGACAUAUCGUGGCAGCACAACCUCAGCUACCAUAGAUGGUCUCACACCUGGAGAUCGGUACAUCUUUAAGAUCAAGGCCACCAACAGGAGGGGACAAGGACCACAAAGCAAAGCCUUCAGUGUUGUCAUGCCAGGAUCCAGCAGUGCUGUUUCAUCAUCGUCAAGAACCAAGGCCAGCCAGAGAACGAGCCACAAGCCGUCCAAAUAUGAUGACAAAUCAGACCUCCAGUCAACAGAGGAACCAGAAGAACCAACCGCACCCAGUCAGCCGCGCAAAUCUGCCCCUGUGACCCGAUGGCGACGCCCACUUUCUCAGACUCGUUCUUAUCACAGCAUCUUCUCCUCUGUCAGAAGUUCAGUCAGGGGUGGAGCAAACAGAGGCAGAAACUCAGGCAGAGACGAUGAGGAUGAAGAUGACGAGAUGACAACCUUGCCUCCAGAAGAAGAAAUGACAACCACGGUGUUGGCGACAAAAGAACCAUAUAAUGAAGUUUCCCCUGAAUCUGAAGACGAAAUUGAUAGUGAAAUGGAUGAGCCCCCAACUCCUGAGACACCCAGCCUCAAAGUUGUUACACUCUCCCCAACUAAACCUGCUUCAUCACAGCAAAGAAAACCCUUCAAGAUUAGAGUCCAUCAAAGGGGAGGAGACCAUACUGGUUCCUCCUCAUCCUCCUCUUCAUUUCCCCCUAAAUCACCAUCAAUUUCUACUAUUACAGAAUCAGAUGCCAAUAGAAGGAAUAUAGCUUCUACUUAUCACCAGAGCAAAUACAUUUACAAUAAAGCCAGUAUAACAGAUAGCAAACCUACCAUUCCAGCUAUAAAGGAGAACACCCCACCGCCGCCUCAAACAGAGGAUAGAGCUGUGGGUAAGGGUUCUACUUCAUCUGCACGAACCAGCGGGUCUGGCCUCGGUGGUAGGUAUGGUUAUGGCAGAAGGAAUUUCGGACUUCCUUUUAGAGGAAAUUCAACCAGAAUCAUGAAUGGUUACAGACCUAGCACAACAUUAUUGUCACGUUUGCCGAGCAGAAUUCAGCACCAAGCAACAUCUCAGUCCACCUUACCAGACCCGUCUCACAACAAACAAACAUCAGAUGUAGAGAACAACAACAAAGCACUAUCAGACCCAUCUACUUCAGAGAAAUCACAGUCAACAUCCACAUUGAAUAGUGCAGAUGCAAGCAGCAGGAAUACUAACCCUUCUAUGUCACAGAGCACCUCACACUCAAAUCCAAAUAGAGGAUCUCAAAGCUCUUCAUAUAACCCAGAAAAUAAAGGGCUGGAGACAACCAAAGCUGAAGAGCCUACUUCAAGCUACAAAGAAGAACCCACAGAAGAGGCUAAAAAGGAGGAGAGCCCUUCUGAAAAAGAUCCUCAAACACAAACUCGUCCCUCCCUUGCUGAGAGAUUUAAAUUCCCAGGCAGGUCUAGUCUAGGAACGAGACUGUCCUCCUCAAGGCCAGGUGGCAGGACCCACAUGAGCAGAGUUUCAUCCUCCAUAGGGGCUGGCAGACCCAUUCUGAGGAUACCCACAAGGGACUCGGGGACCACAGGCUCUGCUGGAGUGUCCUCAGUACAGGAGACUAGCGAAGAUCCGACAGCCACAUCGACGCGUGACUCACUAAAGAACGAGAUGGUGGUGGAUUCCUUAAAGCCGUCAUUGACCAGUAAAAAUGCAGACUAUAGUGACUCCAGAAAUCCAACUUCUCCAUCUCCUUCAUCCUCUGCAAGAUCUUCCAACUCUGACUCUCGCCAUUCUAUAACCUCUAAUGAAGACUAUCUUGAUAAGACUAACAGUGGGAUAAAUAAACAUGUUGAUGAACCACUGGACCAAAACCAUCCCAUCCUAACAUCAGCUGAUCCCCACAGGAACACAGAGGAGAACGAGAGUGUAGCUACAAGAGAAACGCCAUCAAGGACUGGCUCAUCUUCUCUGAUCCCACCAUCUUACCGUCGUCCUAAUCUCGGAGUAAACGGAAGGAUACGCUCCCCUCUUUUGACAACAAGACAGUUCGGUGGAUCAAGACUUCCCACCAGAUCGCAUAACUCCAGGCCGGGUUCUUCAUCCUCGUCGUCUACCUCAUCUUCAUCAACAUUAACCAGGGUCACUCCUCUAAAAAGGGCUGGCGAACUCACGGAGUCCCAGUCUUCGUCACCAUCUUCAUCUCGAGACACCUUGAGAAGCCAAGGGAGUAGAAGUCGCUAUCCUAUCCUCAGAGGGAAAACAGCCAACGGAGGAGCUCUUAUGCCUGCCAAUGGAAAUGGUAAAAAUGAACAACCGAAUUUGACAGCAAAGGAUAAAGUGUCCUCCACUCAUGGAACCAGCAAGGCAGUCGGUCAACGGUUGAUUACCGGUCCCGAUGGGAACAAAUGGAUGGUAGAUUUGGAGUUGGGCAUUCUUAUGAAUCAAGAUGGACAAGUCCUGCAAGAUUCUCAAGGCAAACCCAAGAGAGUUGUUCUUGGCGCGGAUGGACGCACCAUUUUUGACCACUUGGGAAGCCCCUUGUUGAACCAGGAAGGCAUGGCUUUGUUCGGCCACGGUCGCGACAGUCGCCCUGUGGUCAACCCCAAAGAGAAGAUCCUUAUGGUUGGAGGAAAGCCGCUGCUUGGCUUGGACUUGCCUCGCCUCAGGACCACCACUACCACCACCACGACUAGCGCUCCCACUACUACGCCUGAACCCACUACUGCUGAGUGGACUACAGAAAAGUAUACCACUGAUGAACCCUACCCUACGUGUCCACCCGGAACCUUCUCCAAAACAGAUGAUUAUGGCGAUCCAAUGUUUGACUCCGAGGGAGUAUUAAACUGUUACACGGAAGAUGAGUUUAUGGUCCAGACCACCUUGCCACCAUCCACCACUACGACACUACCAACGACAACCACCGCCAGCCCCACCACAGCGAUCCCAACUCCAGAGCCUGAACCCACACAGUCUGGACGAGGACCUUCAUCUGAGUUUGAUCUCAGUGGGAAGAGGCGAUUCACAGCUCCUUAUGUGAACUACAUUCAGAAGGACCCAGGAGCUCCGUGCUCCCUCACAGAGGCUCUGGAGUACUUGCAAGUCGACGUCCUAGAAGACCUAAUCAAGAACGACAGUCUCUCCACCAAUCAGAAGGAGCCUCCCAAAAACAAACCCCAUAAUCUCACUGUGGUUGCCAUGGAGGGAUGCCAUUCAUUUAUCAUCCUGGACUGGGGACGUCCAUUGAAGGAUGAUAUGGUUUCAGGCUACAUGGUGCACAGUGCUUCAUAUGACGACGUGAUCAACAAUAGAUGGUCUUCUAAACCCUCCAGCGGGACACAUCUGGCUGUGGAGAAUCUCAAGCCCAACUCCAGGUACUACUUCAAAGUCCAGGCCAAGAAUGUAUUUGGCUUGGGACCAGUCAGCGAUACACUCACCUAUGUUACUGAAUCAGAUGAUCCUCUUCUCAUCGAAAGGCCGCCUGGUGGAGAACCCAUAUGGAUUCCCUUUUCUUUCCGAUAUAACUCCGCCCACAGUUCCUGUAAGGGCAGCCAGUACGUCAAGCGGACAUGGUACAGGAAGUUUGUGGGCGUGGUUUUGUGUAACUCUCUGCGAUAUAAGAUCUUCAUGGGAGACGGUCUUAGAGAACCCUUCUACAGUAUAGGAGAUACAUUUGGACAAGGAGAGGACCAUUGCCAGUUUGUGGACUCGUACAGGGACGGCAGGACUGGUCCCGCAUAUCUCUCAAGUACUCUACCUUCAGCUCAAGGAUAUUAUCGUGCCUACAGACAGCAGCCCGUCACGUUUGGAGUUAUUGGCAGAAGAACAGCCCACCCGUUUGUGGGUUGGUAUGAAUGUGGGGUGCCUAUCCCUGGCAAGUGGUAACGUAGGGUGGGGGGCGCUCCCAGCAAUCACACACAUGACAAAAAAGACUUUUGCCUAAUCCCACUUCAGCUUCACAUGAAAAGAACAUAAUACGUUUAUACAAGCAAGUGUAUCUUUGUAGUGUACUUUUUUUUAUUAACAUAAAGCGGUCUGUAUAUGAGGGGAAAAAGCAUGUGUGUUCUUGCUUUGUAUCAUUUUUUUUUCAACCAAACAACAGGUCCAUACGCAAUAUUAUUUAUCUCAUCAAAGCACAUUCAUAACAAUAGGCAAUUAACUUGUGUAUAGAUUUGUUCAUUUUCAGUCUGAAAAUUGAUAUAUUGUUUAUUAUUAGUUUCUGACAGCUACUUUAUUUUUACCACCAUGUUACCCUGUAUGUUUUUUUUAUAUAUGCAGACCACAUAACUGCUCAGGAGAUCGAAUAAAGGGGCCUUGGAAAACCACAGCAAUGAAAGAUCAGCAUCAUCUGACACAUUUCUUUAAUUUGUAUUUACUUAAUCAGAGCUUGAUCAAGUUCUACUUGAUCAAUCCAAUGGGAGAUAUGAGUCAUAACAUUUUCUUUAGCCAACCGGAGCAGUUAAAAUUCCAACUAAACAUCCAAAGCAACAUGUUGUGCGCAGAUGCACGUGAGAAAGAAGAAACGUGCAUACAGUAAAACUGACGUAAAAUCUUACCCCGCAGGACAGAAUGCCUUUGUUUUGUACCCAAAUCAGGAUACAAUAUUUCAAAGGGACAACAAUAAAUGUGUCGCUCAGCUUGCACUGCUGAAAAGUAACAAAUGAAAGGAAAUACUUUGCU